UGUAACACCAGCAGGGCAGCGUGUUGCAGCUUCUUCCUGCUCCUGGAUAAACACUGACAGCAUGGCCACAGCUUUCCCGACGGGCUGCAGGUGAAGCCGCGGGACCAUGGAGGAGUUUGGGGACAUGACGCCGCAGGAGCUCGCGGCUCCUGUCAACACGGUGGCGGAAAAAUGGAAACUGCUGCCAGCCUUCCUGAAGGUGAAGGGGCUGGUGAAGCAGCACAUCGACUCUUUCAACUACUUUAUCAACGUUGAGAUCAAGAAGAUUAUGAAGGCAAAUGAAAAGAUCACAAGCGACGCUGAUCCGAUGUGGUACCUCAAAUACCUCAAUAUUUAUAUUGGCAUGCCUGACGUCGAGGAGAGCUUCAAUGUAACCAGACCGGUCUCUCCUCACGAGUGCCGUCUCAGAGACAUGACCUACUCAGCGUCCAUCACAGUGGACAUCGAGUACACCCGAGGCAGCCAGAGAAUCAUCCGCAACGCGCUGCCCAUCGGGAGGAUGCCUAUCAUGCUGCGCAGCUCAAACUGCGUCCUCACAGGAAAGACACCCAUGGAGUUUUCUAAACUUAACGAAUGUCCUCUGGAUCCAGGUGGCUACUUCAUUGUAAAAGGUCAGGAGAAAGUCAUUCUGAUCCAAGAGCAGCUGUCCAAGAAUCGCAUCAUCGUGGAGCAGGACAGGAAGGGUGCAGUCGGAGCCUCUGUCACCAGCUCCACCCACGAGAAGAAAAGCAGGACUAAUAUUAUUGUCAAGCAAGGGCGUUUCUACCUGAGACACAACACGCUGUCAGAGGACGCCCCCAUCGCCAUUAUAUUCAAGGGCAUGGGUGUAGAGAGUGACCAGGAGAUAGUGCAGAUGAUCGGUACAGAGGAGCACGUCAUGGCCAGCUUUGCCCCAAGCCUGGAGGAGUGCCAGAAAGCUCAGAUCUUCACCCAGACUCAGGCUUUAAGAUACCUUGGGAAUAAAGUGAGAAGACAGCGGAUGUGGGGAGGGCCCAAGAAGACGAAGAUGGAAGAGGCCAGGGAGCUUUUGGCUUCACUGAUCCUCACACACGUACCUGUCAAAGAGUUCAACUUCAGGGCCAAGUGUAUUUACCUGGCAGUGAUGGUGCGCCGGGUGAUCCUGGCCCAAGGCAACAAUAAGGUGGAUGACAGAGAUUACUAUGGAAACAAACGUCUGGAGUUGGCAGGACAGCUCCUGUCUCUGCUGUUUGAGGAUCUCUUUAAGAAGUUCAACUCUGAGCUGAAAAAAAUCGCCGACCAGAUCAUCCCCAAGCAGCGGGCGGCUCAGUUUGAUGUGGUCAAGCACAUGCGUCAAGAUCAGAUCACCAACGGCAUGGUCAACGCCAUAUCCACAGGGAACUGGUCUCUGAAGAGAUUCAAGAUGGACCGUCAGGGUGUCACCCAGGUCCUGUCUCGUCUCUCCUACAUCUCAGCGCUCGGCAUGAUGACCAGGAUCUCCUCCCAGUUUGAGAAGACCAGGAAGGUCAGCGGGCCGCGCUCCCUGCAGCCCUCCCAGUGGGGCAUGCUCUGCCCCUCCGACACCCCUGAAGGAGAGGCCUGUGGUCUGGUGAAGAACUUGGCCCUGAUGACUCACAUCACCACAGACAUGGAGGACGGUCCCAUCAUCAAACUGGCCUUCAACCUGGGGGUGGAAGACGUCAACCUGCUGUGUGGAGAGGAGCUCUCCUACCCUAGCGUCUUCCUGGUCUUCCUUAAUGGUAACAUUUUAGGCGUGAUCCGAGAUCACUAUAAGCUGGUGAAUACCUUCAGGCUCAUGCGCAGAGCCGGUUUCAUCAACGAGUUCGUUUCCAUCUCCACCAACCUGACAGACCGCUGCGUCUACAUCUCCUCUGACGGAGGACGACUGUGCAGGCCGUACAUCAUAGUGAAGAAGGGACAGCCAAUGGUGAAAAACAGACAUAUUGAAGAGCUUUCCCAGGGCUACAGAACCUUUGAAGAUUUCCUGCAUGAAAGCUUGGUGGAGUACCUGGAUGUGAACGAGGAGAACGAUUGUCAGAUUGCCCUUUACGAGCACAUGAUUAACAAAGACACAACACACUUGGAGAUCGAGCCUUUCACACUACUGGGUGUUUGUGCUGGCCUCAUCCCUUACCCCCACCAUAACCAGUCGCCCAGGAACACGUACCAGUGCGCUAUGGGCAAGCAGGCCAUGGGUACUAUUGGCUACAACCAGCGGAACCGCAUAGACACUCUGAUGUACCUGCUGGCCUACCCUCAGAGGCCCAUGGUGAAAACAAAGACCAUUGAGCUGAUUGACUUUGAGAAGCUGCCGGCGGGACAGAACGCCACUGUGGCCGUGAUGAGCUACAGCGGCUACGACAUCGAGGACGCUCUGGUCCUCAACAAAGCCUCGCUCGACAGGGGAUUCGGCAGAUGCCUUGUCUAUAAGAACGCCAAGUGCACCCUGAGGCGCUACACCAACCAGACCUUUGACAAGGUGAUGGGACCCAUGUUGGACGCUGCCACCCGGAAGCCCAUCUGGAGGCACAGCAUCCUGGAUGCUGACGGCAUCUGCUCCCCUGGUGAGAGAGUGGAGAACAAGCAGGUGUUGGUGAAUAAGUCCAUGCCAACUGUCACCCAGACGCCACUGGAGGGCAGUACCCAGCCAGGCCAGCCGCAGUACAGAGAGGUGCCCAUCAGCUACAAGGGCUCAACCGACUCUUACAUAGAGAAGGUCAUGAUCUCAUCCAACGCUGAAGAUGCUUUCCUCAUCAAGAUCCUCCUCCGGCAAACUAGGAGACCAGAGAUAGGAGACAAAUUCAGCAGUCGGCAUGGACAGAAAGGUGUGUGCGGCCUCAUCGUCCCACAGGAGGACAUGCCCUUCUGCGACUCGGGCAUCUGUCCAGAUAUCAUCAUGAACCCCCAUGGAUAUCCCUCCAGAAUGACGGUGGGGAAGCUGAUUGAACUGCUGGCGGGAAAAGCGGGAGUCCUGGAUGGACGGUUUCACUACGGCACGGCUUUCGGUGGCAGCAAAGUGAAAGAUGUGUGUGAGGAUCUCAUCCGUUAUGGAUACAACUACCAGGGCAAAGACUACGUCACCUCUGGAAUCACUGGAGAACCGCUGGAGGCCUAUAUUUACUUUGGACCCGUGUAUUAUCAGAAACUGAAGCACAUGGUCCUGGACAAAAUGCAUGCCAGAGCGCGCGGCCCCAGAGCUGUUCUGACCAGGCAGCCCACCGAGGGGCGCUCCAGAGACGGAGGUCUGCGCCUGGGGGAGAUGGAGCGUGACUGUCUGAUUGGCUACGGAGCCAGCAUGUUGCUGCUGGAGCGCCUCAUGAUCUCCAGUGACGCCUUUGAGGUGGAUGUGUGUGGACAGUGCGGCCUGUUGGGAUACUCAGGCUGGUGCCACUACUGUAAGUCGUCCUGCCACGUGUCCUCGCUGCGUAUCCCCUACGCCUGCAAGCUGCUGUUCCAGGAGCUGCAGUCCAUGAACAUCGUGCCUCGCCUCAAGCUAGCUCGCUACAACGAGUGAGCUGGACGUGAACAGAUACAGGGUUUGUGUCAGGUAGAAGACAAUUUAGAGCCAGUGAGUUAACACGUCUGACACAAAUUCAGUUAUUAAUGCAAUGAAUGAGCAAAAAGACAGGCUGAAGUUUGAGUUUGAAAAAUGAGCAUUUUCAUUUUUUUUUGUUGUUUACAAGCCAGGCAUCUGUCAGAUUUAAACAUUAUUUUGUUCGUGUUUCAUAUUAUGUUAAUAGUUUUUGAAAGCAAGUCGACAUUAUUACGUGAUGCUCUGUGUAUGUGUACAUAAUAAACACAAAACAAUAUUUAAAAAUUAGCUGUUGUGUUUUG